AUGGAGCACCACGUUGACACGCUUCGAGAAGCAUGCGCUGACCCAGAUGCACUGUUUGCGAUUCCUCAUGAAGACCUGCUGCGCCUGAUCUACAGGGGAUUCUCAAUCGAUAUUGACCGCCUGAAACGGGCAUAUUCAAUUCGCGACAAUGGAUACUGUUUGCCUUCCUCGUCGUCACCCUCGAGAAUAAUCUACGAUGAAGACUAUGACGAGGUCAAUCGGACGCUGGUGGGGUUUCUUGCUUUGCGUUGGAUUCAUCUUGGACAAUACGACGAGUUUGUAGCUUCGCAGCCGCCUGAGGCUCGACUGACCAGGGAAUCAUUUGACUGGAUUCGGGAAUUCUACACGCAAACAGUUGCCAACUCGGAUACGCUCUACGUGCUGAUCGUGUCAAUCGUCAUCAAUGACCUUGGCAAAGACCCGCAACUUGCCUCCGACUACGGAAAGCUGACUGGCGAGGACAUCUCCGAGAUGAAUCACGAUGCAGUCCUUCUGGAGGCGUGUAACAUUGGUCUUGUUCAGUCUCUUCAAAACCUGCCAUCUCCAGACCAGGAGGAUGUCAUGAGUGCAAUCAAACUAGGCGCCACUUUCAAUUUUGGUCAGCUGGCCCAAGCAGAGAAUGCACCUAUCUGUCUAUCAAGUCUCCUGCAGAUGAAGGACAACCUACGCAGCUUUCACAUCCGGUUCAUGGAGCAACUACUCGACAUAUCUGGCGCAGCAGGCCACAUGGACUGGACCUGCGCCAAGAAGCUCAUCCAGCCAAUAUUUGAUUCCUAUCGCAAUGUCUAUGAUGCGUGCCAGGGUGUGAUAUCAGGAAGCCUUGAUCUUCGAGGUGCAUAUGACCUCGUUCUCAUUCGGCGAGCCGAGUUCCUUUACAACAAGGGCCUCCGGCUGCUUUGCGUGAGCGAUUCUCCGAGUGACCGCGCUGUGGCGCGCUUAUUGUGUAUGGGCAAUGUGGCAACUCUGGAGAAAGUGCGUUUGUUUGAAGAAACUUGGAAUGCUCUAGAGGACCCGUACCGGGAGGAUCUGGUACAUGCCUUGAAUAUCGAUGGCCAGAGAGGCAAGCCAGCAGUGCAGCCAACAUAUAUGCCUGCAUUUCUUACCCGAAUCACUGACAAGAGAGCGCUGCAAUGCGCUUUGCGAUACCUUUGUCGGAUUAUGAUUGCGAAUGAUUCCGAAGAUGAAUCAGUCGUCAUCAUAGAGAGGAGUGUGCUGGGAGUUAUGAAGAUGUACGUGGAGACUGGACUAUUCGAUAAGGAUCCUACGAUCUUGGAGAAUAUUGAUAUACCGGAGGGAGUAUCUGCUCAAUCAGAGUCAAGUUAG